AUGCAUCUCCGACAUGGUCAAAUUCCACGUUUACCAGAUAUUGUUGUAUGGCCACGAAGCGAGAAGGAUGUACAGAAGAUAAUUGAACUGGCGAUGAGCGCUAAUUGUGCUAUAAUUCCUAUUGGAGGUGGUACAUCAGUAUCGAAUGCUCUCGAAUGUCCAGAUUAUGAGAAGCGUGCGGUGAUCUCUAUGGAUAUGGCUUUGAUGGAUAAAAUCAUUUGGAUUGACAAGGAAAAUCUCACUUGCAGGGCUCAG